AUGGACACGAAGAUUGACGUGAGCCGACCAGCGGCUGAUAUUGAGGAAAAGAAGACAGAAAAGGAUUUUGACUACAGCGCGUCGACGGUGGCGAAUAGUGAACGCUCCAAAGAUGGCGUUAGCAAGGAAAUCCGAAAUAGCGGGGACGGGCCUGAGGGCGUAGAGAUUGUCGAAGAUGCUGGAAUAGUGGUCGAUGACAGCGCACCGCCAGAUGGUGGCUAUGGAUGGGUUUGUGUUCUGUGUAACUUCUUUAUCAACUCUUGCACAUGGGGUAUCAAUAGCUGUUACGGCGUUUACCUGUCAUACUAUCUGACCCACAAUCCGCCACUGUUCAAGGAAGCUACGGCAUUUGAUUAUGCCCUUGUUGGUGGUAUUACCGCCGGCUGGGCCAUGUUAAUAUCCCCCCUAGCAAAUCUUCUUACUCGCAAAUAUUCCAGCAAAGUGGCCUUACUUAUUGGCUCGACCCUCCAGUGCGCAAGUUUAAUCGCUGCUAGUUUUGCAUACAAGGUCUGGCACUUAUACCUCGCCCAAGGUUGCCUCUUUGGUAUCGGUAUGGGGAUGCUCUUUGUUGCAUCUGUUGGGAUCUUACCGCAGUGGUUCCAUAAGCGACGGAGUGUUGCAAACGGUAUAUCCGCCGCGGGCAGUGGUAUCGGUGGUCUUGCAUUUUCUUUGGGUACAGAUGCAAUGCUUCAGCGACUUGGCCUAGCGUGGACGUUUCGAAUUACCGCAAUAGUGGCAUUUGUUGUCAAUACUACUUGUAGUAUUUUCCUAAAGGAUAGGAAUAAGAAUAUCAAUCCAGAGAUUAAAAUGUUUGAUUUGAAUCUCAUUAAGAGGGUUGAGUUCUUAUAUGUGGUUGGGUGGGGUGCUUUUAGCAUGUUGGGAUAUGUUGUGAUCCUAUUUUCACUCCCUAACUAUGGUGUUUCCGUCGGUCUUACACAAUCACAAGGUAGCAUUAUGGGUGCUAUGCUCAAUCUCGGAAUGGCGAUUGGUCGACCAUUAGUCGGUCUAUACUCUGACUCCUGGGGUCGUAUCAACAUCGCAGGGUCCCUCACUUUCAUCUGUGCUCUUACGGUUUUCAUAAUUUGGAUUAACGCCAAGUCUUUCGGCGUCCUUAUCUUCUUCGCUUUAAUCAACGGUGCCAUCUGUGGUACUUUCUGGACAACCGUACCACCAGUUACAGCCGAGGUGGUAUCUCUCAAACAACUACCGUCCGCAUUGAAUCUCAUCUGGUUAUUCAUGAUCGCUCCCUUAACAUUUUCCGAAGUUAUCGGGCUGGAAUUGAGGAGACACUAUUGGGUUGGUGGGAUUGAAAAGAGUGAUUACUUGCAUCCGCAAGUUUUUGCAGGGUUGAUGUACCUUGUUGCGGCGGUUAUGAUGUUGCUGCUUAGAGGGUGGAAAAUUGCAUAUGAAGAUAAUCUGGCGGGAGAUGAUGCCGGGCCUGAGCAGAAGUUCGGGAAGGGGAGGAAUAAGUGGAUUCGGUGGGCUAAGGUUUAA